UGAAGAUAAGAGAAGUAGCCACCUUGUUUAUUUGCUGAUGGCAAUGAUCCUUAGAGAUGGGAAAUUUGAAGGUCAGGGGGAGAAGGACUAAUUCAGUUGUUGGAAUAAUAUUCUUGAGUGUACUAGAGGGAUAGGCUUGAUGCACAGGUUGAAAGAUUGUAUUUGAAUAACAGCAUGGAUGGUUUGGCACAGUGACAGGCAGGGAGGCAAAGUAUGUGCAUGUAGAUGUUGGUAGGUGGUUUGGUACCAUCUUGCGAGUCUGGAAGUUUCAUUGCUUCAUUUUCCUAAGUAACAAAGAAAACUUUGUAUCACACUAUGACAAAUUUUUAAUAUUUGAUGUUAGCAUUUUGACAUAACCACCAAGUUAUUUGUUCACUAAUACUUAUUGAAUACAUACUAGUCAUUGUUCUAGAUGGUAAAUUUUUUAACUGUGAACAAAACCCACUCUUAUGGAACAUCUAUUUUAGUGGAUGGAAACAAUAAGCAUAUGUGUGUCAGCUGCAGUUAAUGGUAUGAAUGAAAGUUAAAACAGUGUAAGGGGGAAGGGAGGUAGUUCUUUUUUUACAGUUUGGUCACAGAAGUCCUUUCUAAUGAAGUGACGUUUGAGCAGAGAUGUGAAUUAAAUCAGGGAGUGAACCAUGGAGGUAGUUGGGAAGAACACUUGAAGCAAAAAUGACAGUGCAGAAGCCCCAAAGCAAGAAUAUCUUGCCAUAUUGAAGAGCAGCAAGGUACCAGUAUGGCUGCAUCAGAGUGAAUGAAGGAGUAAGUGGAAGAAGGUAAGUUCAGUGAGGUAGUAAGGGACCCAGAGGAUGUCGGCCUUGCAAACCAUUAGGAGGACUUUAUUCUGAGGUAGGAUGCUGCUAUUGAACGUUUGCAAUAAAUGAGUGAUGUGGCUUCAUUUAUGUUUUAAAAGGCUCAGUAUGGCUGCUCUAGGGGCAGGGGUGUUAAAGGCAAUUGUAGAAACAGGGAGAGCUCUUACAGGGCUAUCACAGUAAUUUUGGUGGCAGAUGAUGAGGACUUAAUGGUAGCCCUGGAGAUGGCAAAAGUGGUCAGCUCCUGGCUAUACUUAGAAGGAAGAGCUCAAAGGAUUGGCUGACAGGUUGGAUGCAGAGUGAGAGAGAAGCUAAGGUUGAAUGUAAAAUUUUGGGGGUGUCCUAUUUACACGAGACUAGAUUUACUAUUUACUAGAGUGAGCAAGCUGAGGGCAGAAAAGGUUUGGGAGGGACAGAGUCAGGAAUUUGGUUUUUGUCACAUUUCAUUUGAGCUACCCUAGUGAUACUUUCAGGGAGUGUUGAGGCAAUUUUAUAUAUGGCAACAAGGGGACAAGGAUUGGGGAUAUACAUUUGGAAGUCAUCAGCAGAUAGUAGUAAAAUCCAUAAGCCUGAAUGAGCUAACUAAGGGAGUAAAACAUAUAGAGAAGACCUAAGAAGCCUUAAGGCCCUCCAGUAGAGGUCAUGUUGCUGAGGAGGAACCAGGCAAAGAAAACAAUAGUAAUAUCCAGUGAGUUGGGAGGAGAGAAUGGAGUGUGGCAUCCCAGAAGCCAAAGAAAAGGUUUCAAGAAGGUAGACGUGAUCUCCUGCAUCAAAUUCCAUGGGCGUAUAACGUGAAGAUUGAUAACUAACCAUUAUUUUUGCCGAGUUUUACUUGAUAAAGUCUCCUGUCCAUCUCUAAAGCUGAAAGUCCCAUGAGGUCAGUGGUCUUGUGUAUGACAUGUAGCAGCAGCUCAAAAUUUGUUGAAACUGUACUACUGCCACCCUAUUUGAGCCCUCAUUUCCUUCAAGUAUGUUCUUCAGAUUGCUGCUCAUUUGACCUUUCCUGGAAUGCUUCAGUGGUUCCCGUUAUCUUCCCUGUAAAACCCUGGUGUUUCUCCUGGUGGAACAAAUCCAUCGUGUCCUCGUUCUCAGCUCCGUUUCCUACCACUGCCUAUUCAUCCUCCUUAAACUGUAUCAUUUCAUACUCCUUUGGCUUUACUCGUUCUAUUCUUCUUCUUUUGCUUGGCUGAAGUCUAGCUUGAAGAGUCAGGAAGAUUUUGGUAACCAGUCUACUCAGUCCACAGGUAGCCUGCAUCAUACACUCUAUAGAUCUAUCAUAGUUACUCUUCUCUAUUGAGUUAAAUCCUAUUUUUGUAUUUCUGUUACUCUGUCUAGAGUAUAAGUUUUUUAGAAUCAGGAGUAUAUCCUUAUCUUCCUGUCCCUGCUGCUUAUGAUAGUCCGAUCUUCUUGAUAGGCACUCUGUAAAUAUCAAAUGUUAAGGAAAAAAGGAAAUGAAGCGAAGCCAUGUACGUGGAAGCUGAAGACUGUCUGGAUUAGUGACUUGGCAGUAAGGAGAAAGGAAUGGACAUCAAUGCAAGCCUGAAUAAGAAAAACAGUUCCUUCCUCCUAAGCCAUGGCAUAUCAGUUAUACAGAAAUACCACUUUGGGAAACAGUCUCCAGGAGAGCCUGGAUGAGCUCAUACAGUCUCAACAGAUCACCCCCCAACUUGCUCUCCAAGUUCUCCUUCAGUUUGAUAAGGCUAUAAAUUCAGCAUUGGCCCAGAGGGUCAGGAACAGAGUCAACUUCAGGGGCUCUCUAAAUACGUACAGAUUCUGCGAUAAUGUGUGGACUUUUGUAUUGAAUGAUGUUGAAUUCAGAGAGGUGACAGAACUUAUUAAAGUGGAUAAAGUGAAAAUUGUAGCCUGUGAUGGUAAAAAUACUGGCUCCAAUACUACAGAAUGAAUGGGAAAAAAAAUGGCUUUUUUAUGCCAUCUUCUGUUAUUAUUCAUCGCUUUUUUGAGGAGAAACAUAGAAGAGACUUUUUUUAUUUAUUCUAGCAUCGCAGAAAUGACUACACUGUGCUAUACUACCAGAAUUCCAAUAGGAAGAAGCUUGUAACUAUAGCCUCUUACCUUUUCAGCAUGAAGAAACAGAAGUUUUUUUUAAUAACAUUGUUGCCUUCCUAAAAACAUUCUUUAAUAAACUCAUUUUAAAACUCAA